AUGUCUGAAGAACAUACACAUCAGCAACAAGAAUAAGAGCUAGCCCACUAACAUUAAGAACUCCAUCCCUCUCCUCAGAAAAUUGAGACUCACGAGCUUCAUCCCAGUCACAAUGAGCAUGACUAGCAAAACGGGCACACUUAAUCCAAUGAUCAAGUAGCUAAGAAUACCUCUUAAUCGCAUUCUUAGGAUACCAAGCAUCAUGCAGUAAAUGAUCAUAACAACUCAGCUGGUACUACCAGUCACAAUGAUAAUCACUUGGAACAAGGUCAUACACACAAGGAAUAGGCUUAGCAUCAUACUCAAUAUGAGGCUCCUUCUCAGAAGUAGUCUCUAUAGUCUCCACUUCCUACACAAAAGCAAUAAUAUCAGGGGUAAACUCCAAAGACGCAGCAAAAACCUGCGGCAGUUGCCCUAAACUCUUAAAAAUCUCAGGAUAACAUUUAAAUGCAAUAAGAACUUCAUGUGAGCUCUUAGUAACACAAUGGCAAGUCACAAGACAACGGCUCUGCUGGUAGUAGUCCUGUCAGAGGCAAUAGAACUGUCAAUAUCCCUGGUCUGAUUAUGGAUGAAUUUACUGAAUAUGCCAUGGCUAAAGAAGGUGUCGACUUUAGGGAUCUAGAGCCAAAGCCAUAUGAGGAAUUCUUAAAGGAAUGCAACGGGAAUUAGAAACUUGCUUAAAUCAGAUUUGAAUUCAAAGAAGCUGAGAGACAGAGUAUACUCUAAGAUAUUGAGAAUAGAAAGCUUAUGAUAAGAGAUGAAAUGAAGCAAGAUCACUACGCAACUCAUUCACUAUAACCACUCUAGCACCCCAAUGACUCCAGAUUUUUCAACACUUCUCAGGCCUCAUUCGCUCAUUCCAAACUUUCUAAAGGCUCAUAAUCGCAGGCACAGCUUUAUAUGACUGGUCAGCUCUCCUCAUUAAAAGGACCUCUGAGUCCUAACAAUAAUCCUUAAAAACAAAGCUCUAGAAAGCAAAUAGACAACAAGAUAUUCGACAAUAUGGUCAGAAAUUAGAUUGAGUAGGAGCAAAAGCUAAGAUCAAUACACGAGCGUCAGGAAAUGUUCCUGAUGAAAAGCAGUAUAAUGCAGGAAAAGAGACAGAGAGAAAUUAUGAAGAAAUAAGAGAUGCUUCAUUAGAAACAACUGCUUAAAGAAGAGAAGCUAAGAAGAGCAGAGGAACUUCAAAAGAAGUGGCAGAUCGAGACAUUGCAAAAGCUGAAGAUCAAGAGUGAUCUUACUGAAUAGAGACAGCAUUAGUAGAAAAUGACUAUGAAGAUUAGAAUUUAGGAAAAAGAAUAGCUCAAAGAACUUAAGAGACAACAUGCAGAGGAACUGUUCUAUUCAUAGGUUGAGUAACUUUAGUCAAAGCAAAAGGAAGUUUAGAUAAAGAAUGAAAUGUUUUAAAAGAAGAUAGAAUAUAAACAGAAAGUUCAAAAGGAUGUGAUUGAGUAAAAAAAGGUUAAGAAGGAGCAAGUAUUACAGACUGUUCAAGAAAUGAGAGAUGCUGAGGAGUAGAAAAAGAUGGAGAGAUUCCAGUAUGCACAGUUCUGCGAAAUGGAAAGGGAAAGAAGAAUCGAGGAAGAGAAGCGAAGAGACUAGGUGAUGAGACUUAGAAAAGGUCAGGAAAAGAAUCAGAAAAUCUAGUCAAAAGUAGAGGAGGCUUAUUAAAAGAUGAUUGAUUGGCAAACUGAACUUGAGAGACGUGAAAAAGCAGCUGAAGACAAUCUAAAGAAGUAACAGCAGAUUCUGGCUGAGCAAUUGCAAGUAAAGAGAGAACUCCAAAAGCUGAAGCAAGAGAGUGCCCAACUAAAGCAGAAAAGAAAGGAAAACAAGGAGAAACUGAAACAGGAAGAGCAGCUCAAUAAGCUGUACAACAUGACUUAGAAGUUUGAAAACUAUAAAUAUGCCAAGAUUCAUGAAAAAAUGAGAAAGCAACAAGAGCUAUUCAAAGCAGAGCAGAAGAGGGCUGAUAUGAAGACUGCUUUUUAUCACAUGGCCGUGUGGAACGUCCAAGAGGCAGGCGAUAUUAUCAAGGAAAUCAUUGAGGAGAAUGAUAAAAACGGCUUGAACUAAGUAGGAGUUGGACCUAAAUCAGUAGCUGAGAAGGUCAGGGAGAAGGCAGCACUUAUGAGGAGAAAUGAGAGACUUGGAAACAAGACCAGUCCAAGCAGACAUGCUGAGGAGUUGAUGGGCUUUGGUCACUAUGACAAAGCUGACAACCACCAGGCAGAAUUUGACAGAGUCAACAGCAAUUGA